CCGGCCGUUGCCACGGCAACCGGCGCGCCCGCCAUGGCGGCGCCCAGCGUGUUCCUGCUGGCMGUCACCGGCGAGAUCGAGAGCGGGGAGUUCCCGGGAUUUGAUGACCUCUACUGCAAGUUCUCCUUCGUCUACGGCCAGGACUGGGUCCCCACAGCGGGUCUGGAGGAGGGAAUCUCCCAGAUCACCUCCAAGAGCAGCGCCUCCCCCACCACGCUGGUCUGGAACUUCCCCAUCGACAUCACCUUCAAGAGCACCAACCCCUUUGGCUGUGAGUGCUGGGGACACUGCAGGGUCCAGCCCUGCUGCCAAAGCCCCUCUCAGUGCCAUUUCCUUGCAGGGCCUCAGAUCGUGGUGAGUGUCUAUGGGCCAGACUUCUUUGGCCAUGACGUGGUCAGAGGUUAUGGAGCCGUGCACGUGCCCUUCGUGCCAGGGAGGCACAGAAGAACCAUUGCUAUGUUCGUUCCAGAGUCCACCUCAAAGCUGCAGCAGUUCACAAGCUGGUUCACAGGGAGACGCCCGGAAUUCACUGACCCCAAAGUGGUGGCACAGGGAGAAGGACGAGAAGUGACCAGGGUGCGAUCCCAAGGCUUUGUGACCAUUUCCUUCAACGUGAUGACCAAAGACAUGCACAAGCUGGGCUACGACGUUGGCCCCGUGGCCACACAGAGCUCCUCCCUGGGGCCUGGCUCCCAGGGGCUCCACGGCUUCUGAACUCCCUGCAGGGGCUCAAAGCUCAGCAUUUUGUGCCUUUCUAGGGAAAGGAGGAGCUGCUUCAACUCARUCAUUCCAAACAACACCAGCCCGUGAGGAUUUGGAAAAAUUAGCAACUCUAAUCCUAUCAGGAAGGUUGAAGUAUUGUGUAAAUUAUGUAAAUUAAUGCCAUCUGAUAAUAUUCAGCAUUUUUAGGAGUGGGAUCAGACUGUCUCAAAGGCCUGUAACAAAUUUUUUUUCUAGCAGCCUUUUGUACACCUUUUUAUAUAAUUACUGACAUGAAACGUUUAGAGCUGUAGUGGUUUCCCUGUGGUUAAACCAUUGCAAUGUUCUUUUUAGUUUUUUGGUUUGGUUUUUGUUUUUUUUUUUUGUGGUACAAAUGGGGAAUUGAAAUUACUGCACCUUCCAAAAAUGGUCCUGUGAAAUGCAUCCCCCUCUGAGCUCUUUUAGGCUGAAUAAACUCCGUUGUAUUCAUA